CCCUCGCCUCGGCCCAGCCUCGGGGUCCGGGCAGAGGGUUCCAGUGUCCUCGGGCCGGAGUCUCCGUGCUGUUUGCUCUACGGUGCCGGCUGCGCGGAGCCGGGAUGCGCUGCGCCUGCUGCGGGUCCUCAGCAUGGAGACCAAACGCCUGGAGAUUCCCGGCAGCGUCCUGGACGAUCUCUGCAGCCGAUUUAUUUUGCAUAUUCCCAGCGAGGAAAGAGACAAUGCAAUCCGAGUUUGCUUCCAGAUCGAACUGGCCCAUUGGUUUUACUUGGAUUUUUACAUGCAGAACACACCAGGAUUACCUCAGUGUGGGAUAAGAGAUUUUGCCAAAGCUGUCUUCAGUCAUUGUCCUUUUCUGCUGCCACAAGGUGAAGAUGUGGAAAAAGUUCUGGAUGAAUGGAAGGAAUAUAAAAUGGGAGUACCCACCUAUGGUGCGAUCAUUCUUGAUGAGACACUCGAGAAUGUACUGCUGGUUCAGGGGUACCUGGCAAAAUCAGGCUGGGGGUUUCCAAAAGGAAAAGUAAAUAAAGAGGAAGCACCCCACGACUGUGCCGCUAGAGAGGUCUUCGAGGAAACUGGUUUUGAUAUAAAAGACUAUAUUUGUAAAGAUGAUUACAUUGAACUUCGAAUCAAUGACCAGCUUGCUCGUUUGUAUAUCAUUCCAGGAGUUCCAAAAGACACAAAAUUUAACCCCAAAACCAGAAGAGAAAUUAGGAACAUUGAGUGGUUCUCCAUUGAGAAAUUGCCCUGUCAUAGAAAUGAUAUGACUCCCAAGUCCAAGCUUGGCUUGGCACCGAAUAAGUUUUUUAUGGCCAUUCCCUUUAUCAGACCACUAAGAGACUGGCUGUCUCGAAGAUUUGGAGAUUCCUCAGACAGUGACAACGGUUUUUCUUCAACUGGUAGCACACCAGCUAAACCCACUGUGGAAAAAUUGAGUCGAACAAAGUUCCGCCACAGCCAGCAGCUGUUUCCCGAAGGUUCUCCAAGUGACCAGUGGGUAAAGCACAGGCAGCCUCUGCAGCAGAAGCCGCACAGCAACCAUACGGAAGCCUCGCCAGACCCUUCCAAAGCAAAGAAUCAAAAUAUGAGAGGGAAUGGCAGAAAACAGUAUCAAGAUUCACCUAAUCAAAAGAAGAGAACAAACGGAGUUCACAGUCAACCAGCAAAGCAGCAGAAUCCCUUGAUGAAAUGUGAAAAGAAGCUGCAUCCACGAAAACUUCAGGACAACUUUGAGACAGAUGCCGUGUAUGACUUGCCUUGUUCUGGUGAAGACCCAUUGGCAGAACAUGUUGAGGGACCCUCUGUGGCAUGUAACGGACAUUGCAAGUUCCCAUUUUCAUCCCGGACCUUCCUGAGUUUCAAAUUUGACCAAAAUGCUAUAAUGAAAAUCUUGGACCUUUGAUCGCA